UUUCCAUCUCUACGACACCCUGUGACCAGAAACUGCUACUGGAACAGACUCUUCAACUGAUAAUCAAAACAAGAUGGCUUCAGGUCUUUUCCUCACUCUGCUUCUUGGUCUGAGCUGUGGACUCUGGACUGGAGCUGAUGCGGGAGGUCCACUGAGAGCUGCUAACUGUGUCUGCCCUGCUGGUUGGACUUGGUACGAAGGUCGCUGUUUCCAGUUUGUGAACGCUGAAAAGAGUUGGUCUGAUGCUGAGCGUCACUGCAACUUUCUGGAAGGAAAUCUGGCCUCCUUUCACAGUACAAAUGAGUACGAGUUCAUCAGAGGUGUGAUCUACAAAGCAACUGGACAACACACAACAAGCUGGGCUGGAGGCCAUGAUGGAGUACAGGAUGGUGUCUGGAUGUGGAGUGAUGGUUCCAAGUUUGUCUUUCGUUCCUGGGGCCCCAAUGAACCAAACAGUCAGGGUGGAGACGAAGACUGUAUGGACAUCAACCUAAAAGGAACUAAUUAUGUGAACGAUGAGAAGUGUACCAUGAAGCUUCCCUUCAUCUGUGCCAGACUCCCCUAACUUUGCUCUUCUUGUGCCUAAAUAUCUGACAUGACCAUGUGGCUUUCCCACUGGUGAUGUCACUUCCACCAGGAAGUCUCGAUGACAUCACUGCUCCAACAUUAAAUUAAUGGGAUUUCUCAUAAUUUAAUCAUAUUAAUCACUUUAAUAAAGCUUUUUCUUUCUCAGCAGUCUGCUUCUUUCAUUUGAUUCCAUCUUUUGAAUAUUCAGUAAGUUAAGUUUGAGACGCCAUUAAUG